AUGGUACAACACAAUCAGUCGUAUGAUCUAAUACAUACUCCAAAAACCAGAUAUAGUUAUGGAUACAAUAAUGACCAACCUAUAUACUAUGGCUUUUUAAAAGAUAUUGCCGCCACAACAACAAUUCCUUCUGUUCUGUUUAUUUCACGUGGAUUAAUAACACCUUUAACAUCUAUUUUAACAACAAUAUCAACAGUAAAACCAAGUUUUUUAGCUCAUUCAACAUUAAUUAUCCUUAUUUGUGUUGGAGCAUGUAUCACGCUCAUAUUUUGUAUUGGUUUAUAUCUUUUAUGUCAACGUUCAUCUUCAACUUCCCCAUCGUUUGCCGCCGCUCAUCGUCCGGAACAACUUUAUUUUCUGGAAUCAGGUACAGAGACGCUCGAAAAUUUAGAACCGAUGACACAAAAAACUGCUGCUGUUGAUCGUCAUCAGCCACAAUUGUUAGCAGCACAAACAAAAGCAUUCACUCAACAUACAACACCACGUCAUAGGAAAUCAAAGAAAACAAAAAAGAAAAAACGAUUAUUUCACUGCUGUGUCGGCAGUAGCAGGCGCUAG